UCUUGUUCGAUGUUAAUCGUAUCUCCAGAAGAACAAAAAAAAAUUCCACUUUUUCUUUCAAUAUUAAAAUUUGUUAAAAAUGAAUCGUUCAUCAUUUAAUUGGACCAUCCAUUCGAAUUGUGGUGAUGUAAAUCAUUUAUGCAGUAUUAGUAAUCAAUGUAAUUUUACACGCACCGUACUCGAAUGCAUUGAUGAUGAUGGUUUUAUCAAUUAUAUUCAAUUAACAUAUUGUUCCAUUGAAUCCGAAUCAUUCAGUACAAUUUUGUUGUUAUUUUUAUUGAUCAUGUUAUUUUUUGCCAUCGGUACGAAUGCAGAUGAUUUUCUUUGUCCAUUAUUAAUUUCUAUUUCGAAAUCAUUAAAAUUAUCUGAUAAUAUUGCGGGUGUUACAUUUCUUGCAUUCGGUAAUGGUGCACCGGAUAUAUUUUCAUCGAUUAUUGGCAUAACAAAUGCCAAUCCAAAUCUUGUCAUUGGACAAUUAUACGGGGCAGGAAUAUUCGUUACAACCGUUGUUGUUGGAAGUAUUUUGCUACAAAAACAAUUCGAAAUAAUGAAACGACCAUUGUUAAGAGAUAUUUCAUUUUAUAUAAUUACAACAACAUUAGUUUGGACAACAUUUUUAACAAGAAAAAUUCUUCUUUCUCAUUCAAUCAUUUUUAUCAUUACAUAUUUGAUCUAUGUAACUGUUGUUAUUGUAUCCGGUUAUAUUUAUAAACGUCGACAACAAUCAUUAAUGGCGGCUGUACAUACAAAUCAUGCAAUCGAAUAUCAUGGUGUAAAAAUGCCAAGAGAAAAUCUUCAUCGACAAUGUAAAUAUGUUGUGAACAAUUGUUCAACAACAUCAACUGAAUCAAUACCGAAUUCAACAAUUUCCAAAAAGAAUGCUGUCGAUGCUGAUGAAGGCGUUGUUCUAAGACGUAUCAAACAUCGACAAUAUUGUCAGGAUCCAACGCAACAAAGACGUUUAACAUUAUAUCAUAUAUGUUCGGAUUCUUUGAUGACGACACAAGGAUUGCAACCAAAACAUUCGAAUGGAAAUAUUUUUUCAAUUACAAUUAAUAAUAACAACGAUAAUGAUUCGAACAAUAACAAUAUUGGAAUCGAUGCGGAUAAAUCGAUAAUUGAUGAAAAUCAUCUCCAUGUGCGAAAAGAUGAUGAUGAUGAAAUCAACAACAAAUCGAUUCUUUAUCAUAAUCAUAGACGAUUAACAAUAUCUGAUACAAGUUUUGCUAUGCGAAAUUCAUCAAUUCCAUUGGCAAAUAAUGGAGAGGGAAAAAAUUUGGCUAAAAUUAUGAAAGAAAUUAUUCUUUGCAAUAAAGAUAAAAUCGAAAAAGACGAUAUAAAACAAACAUCUAUGAUGACAAAAAUUAUGGCCGCAGCACGAUUUGAUGGUAAAAUUUUUCAAGAAUCAAAUUUAUUAACAAAAAUCAAUAUGAUUGCUAAGGCACCAAUUUAUCUGAUCUAUACAAUUUCCAUACCUGUGGUUGAUAAUGAUCUACCAAAACGUGGCUGGAUUCGUGAAUUAAAUCUUGCACAUUUAAUCAUAUCACCACAAGUUUGUCUGUUAUUAAUUCAAUUAAAAUUUAUCGAACCAUAUCAAUUACAUUUGAUUGUUUUGGCCAUUUCAUCAAUCAUAUUCAUUUUGGUUUUGUUGACUAGUCAAACUGAUAAACCACCACAUUAUCAUAUUUUAUUUGCAUAUUUUGGAUUCAUUAUUUCGAUUUCAUGGAUCUAUGCAAUUGCUAAUGAAGUGGUUAAUAUAUUGGAUGCUGUACGUGUCAUAUUUAAUCUAAGUAAAUUUAUGAUCGGUCUUACUAUUGGUGCAUGGGGUAAUAGUAUUGGUGAUUUUCUAUCCAAUUUAUCAAUGGCUAAAAAUGGUUUUCCAAGAAUGGCCAUAUCAGCAUGUUUUGGUGGACCAGUUUUAAACAUGUUACUUGGAAUUGGUAUUCCAUAUACGAUAUUAUUCAUACGACAACAAACGUCUGAGAUUGAGAUUGAAUAUAAUAAUAUGAUCACUGUAUUGUAUGUAACGAUAACUUUAUCAUUGGUAACAACCAUGACUAUUUUAUUAAUAUUUACAAAAUUUCAAUCAUCACGAUUACAUGGUUUUAUUCUGUACGGAAUUUAUGGUUGUUUUAUAAUAAUGGCUAUUAUUACGGAAAUGAAAUUGAUUUAG